UUCAGUUAUCAAUUGACUCAGGCAGAUUGACCUGUGAUAAGUUAUUUCGCGUGUCUGACAGUGAGAAUCAUUAUGAAUUUUGAAAGACUUGCGAUAUUUCUCAUUCUGCUUUCAGGGUUGAUAAUUUGCACGGUUUACAUAACUGAAGAUGAUUAUUAUUUAUCGGGAAUUAAAACCCUCAGAGAUAAAGUGAAACACAAGGUUAAAAACGACUCCAUCACUAUUCUAAACACAGAAUGGCGUGCAACUGAAGCAGGCCUUGUUUCCUGCAAUGAUACCAAACUAAUGCCAGAUGGAACAUUCCCACUGACAGCUUUAGCAAGUUAUCCAGGUUCUGGUAAUACAUGGAUGAGACAUCUUAUAGAGACAUCAACCGGAUACGCUACGGGACAUGUGGCACCAAGCUACAUACUCGUCAAUGCAGGUUUUAUAGGUGAAAGGGUUCCAACCUUCUCUGGGAGAACUUUGACAAUCAAGUCACAUUACUUUCAUCCUAAAAUGGAUAGUGCUAUUUUGAUUGUACGUAAUCCAUACCGAGCAAUGGUGGCCGAUUUUAACAGACAGAAAUCGAAUAAGACUGGAUUUGCAAAGGACGGCGUGUUCAAAACAGAAGGAUGGAGUAAUUUUGUCAAGAAUCAAGCCCCAAAAUGGUUUAAGCUCUACGAGAAAUACAUCUCAGAAUGCAACCACUUGGGCCACACCUGCAAGUCGAUGUUAAUCGUGUACUAUGAACAACUCCAACUACACCUUAAGGAUGAACUGCGACGAAUAUUGAAUUAUCUUAACGUCACGAUUGAUGAACAAAGACUUGCAUGUACAGUAAGAAAUUCAGAGGGACAAUUUCACAGACCAAAGUUGAAUAAAACACUGGAUCCAUUUUCACAGGUAGAUAGGAGUCCCGUGGAGGAAUCUUUGAAAAAAUAUCUUGAUUUGAUUGAACAGGAGGGCUUGGAGAAACCACCAUUAGAACUAAGCUCAUUUCCUAAUGAUAUUUAAUAUUGUAGAACCAAGGCAGUUCAU